AUGAGCUAUAUUGAUUCACCUGCCUUUUGGCAUAUCGAAUUUGGCUGUCAAUCCAGUAUAGAACACAGAGCUCGUUAUGCUAUCACAGUAACCUGUGCGACCAUUGUGUUUCAUGCUCAACAGAUAUGCCAUUCUCCUCAACAAAAUAGAACCAUGCUCCCAUUAUGUCGUUCAACUUGUGAAUUAUUCAGUGAUUCUGUACAGUCUAUUGUCAAUUCAGCCCUUUUAGAAGACGACUGCAGUCAGGAGAUAUUCAGUAAAAAUUACGAGCAAUUAGAAGAACACUGUGGGUCGAAUGACAAUAUGAGUCGCCUUAGCCCAAGUGGGUGUAUCUCAGGAUCUGACUUUGAGCCUGAUUUAUGUGGUAGGCUUCCCUAUUACCUAUAUAUAUGUGUGUUGUCUAUUGACAGUCAUCUAGGUUUUGGUGAUAAUAAGGAUGCUUUAUGUUAUUACUGUAACACACAGGAUCCUAUGCUUCCUUGCUGUCAAGAGCAGCACUGUAUCAAAUCAGACUCGACUGUUCCUGUGAUAGCCAUUGUCCUUGGCAGUGUAGAUUAUACAGAAAUUUCACCAGAUAUUCCUAUUGACUAUGAAGUAGAAGGGGUUAAGGAACAUGUCUUUAAAGUAGACUCUUUAGGACAGCAGUUUGUCCGAGUGAACCAUUCAAGAGAAGCACCACAAAAGCCAGAUGAACUUGAAUUAAUACAAAACGAUAUUAUCCGUAUGUAUUGUUAUUUUGACGAUGGUUGGGGUUUAGGUAAAGUCAUGUUGAAAUAA